AAAUUUUAUUGAUGAAUUUUUUAAGAAAAGGUUUAAUGGGAUUUUGUAGAAUCCAACCGAAAAUUACAAUCCUCACACUUAAAUAUCAAAUAUAAACAAAAAUAAUAAGGAAAGGCAGAGGCAAAUUACAGAAGGCAGUGAAGAAUUUUUGUGAUAGACAAAUUUCUCUCAAAUCCCAAGAUAGUUUGCUCUCGUAAUUGGUACGCAUAUCAUCAAACAUGCGAUUCAGGAAAGGCAGUAAAGUGGAAGUGUUGAGCAAAAAGGAGGUGCCCUCAGGUUCCUGGCGUUCUGCUGAGAUUAUGUCUGGAAGUGGUCACUAUUAUACUGUUAGAUAUGACAAAUUUGAGGAUGGUAGUAAUCAAACUGUUGUGGAGAGGGUAUCGCGUAAAGCAAUUAGGCCUUGUCCACCUUCUCAGGAAAUUUUAGAGAAUUGGAUUCCUGGCGAUGUUGUGGAGGUAUUUAAUGACCGUUCUUGGAAAAUGGCCACGGUUUCUGAGGUUUUGGGGAAGAACAACUAUGUGGUCAGGUUACUUGGAUCUUCUUGUGAGUUUAAGGUCAGCAAGUUCGACAUUCGGGCAAGAAGAUCUUCACAAGAUGACAGAUGGGUUUUGAUGCACAAGAUGUCUGGCAAUCAUGGUGAUGAUAGCAAGGAAGAUGAGAAGGCAAGCACUAGAUUUUAUGGUCUGAGCUCCCAAGUUCAGAAAUGCCAAAAUGUUCCUAAUUUAAUAACCUGGAAAAGGGGACCAAACAAUGACUAUUCUCAAGCUGAAACAAUGGGUAGAGCUGGCUUGAAAUGUAGAAUAUUGAAGAAAAAGCGAAGGUCUCAUGAGGUGGUUGGAGGCAAUCCAUCCAUGUUGCACGAGCAUGUAAAAUCACUUGUUAUCCAAAGAGGUAUGCUUGGGGGAACAUCUGGAGGUGUUUUUUCGGAUGGAGCCAAAAUUUGUGAAGUGAAUGGCGAUAUGAAGAAACAAAUGGGUGUGGGUUACCAUUCAUUUGAAGAGAACGUUGAACUAAAUGAUGCUGAUAGAGCUACAUGCUCAGUUGGUAGUUGCAGCAUGUCUAACAGUGACGACCGUGGGUUACCUUGUCAUGUUACUAUUGGGCGUAAUGAAGAUACAGAUGGUUCUACAAGUGAUGCUGAAUCUUUUUGUCCUUCGGGAUAUGGAAUAGACGAUUUUCUUCUAUCCAGAGAAAAGCCAUUGGAAGCUGAAGUCCAUAGGUUAGAGUUACAUGCCUAUCGAUGCACUAUGGAGGCUUUAUAUGCUUCAGGUCCUUUAAGUUGGGAAAAAGAACUUUUGCUUACUGAUCUACGCCUGUCUCUCCAUAUAUCAAACGACGAGCAUUUGAUGGAAAUAAAAAACCUAGUUUCUGCAAGCAUUUCAAGUAGAUGACAAGUAAAAUGCACUUCUCCUCUUCAGAGUCUAUCCUGUGAUAGCUUUAUCAUCAGUGUACCACUUGGAACUCUGAGAAAUCUCAUUUGAGAACAUUGUUGAUGCAUUUGUUCCAGAGUUGAAGUUGGGGGCUUUUGCGUGCCACACUUCUACAUGUGUGAAUAAGAUUCUCUAUUCUCUUUGCAUGUACAAUAUGAAAUAUUUAUCUACAUUUUUUGGGAAGAUGCAUUGAUUUCAUUUUAUAUGGGUUAUAGCAUCAAUUCAAUUAGGACAUGCUUGAGCCUGACAUCCUUCUCCCUGUUGAGGAUUCGACUCAUCUUCAUGUCUGGGGCUGUUCAAGCUCAUUUCUCAGUGGUUGAAACUUGAAAGGUUGUACUUGGAACCUUUAUAUCAUUCUUUUACAUAUGUCAAAUUUUCACAGGAAACCAGACAAUGACGUGAUUUUCAA